AUGGGUGUCGAGAGAAAGAUCAUCACCCGCGGUAGCGGCCCCUCUCCCGCUUCCGGCGACAAGGUCUCGAUCCACUACACCGGCUGGAUCUACGACGCUAAGAAGGCCAACAAGGGCUUCCAGGGCAAGCAGUUCGAUAGUUCUAGAUCGCCGGGCCGUGGCCCUUUGAAUGUGCAGAUUGGUGUUGGAAAGGUUAUCAAGGGUUGGGAUGAGGGUGUUAUGCAGAUGAGCCUGGGAGAGAAGUCUACUCUGACCAUUACUCCGGACUAUGGCUACGGUGACAAGGCGGCUGGCAAGAUCCCUGCAAACUCUACUCUCAUCUUCGAGGUUGAGCUCCUUAAGAUUAACUAA